GAAAAAUUAUAUAUAGGCUGACCGGAAGUAUAUGCCUACAUUACUUCCGGUAGAAGUGCAUUUUUGAGUUUAACGAUGACGGCGGCGGUGUUUUUCGGCUGUACUUUUAUCGCCUUCAGUCCCGCUGUAGCGUUGUUUAUGCUCACUAUCGCCCAAGAUCCUCUAAGGGUUAUUUUCCUCAUCGCGGGAGCAUUUUUCUGGCUCGUGUCAUUGUUGCUGUCGUCGUUGGUGUGGUUCAUCUCUGUACAGAUCAGUAAUAAAGACAGCAGCUCGCAGCAGAAAGGCCUGCUCGCUUUCGGAGUGCUGCUGUCUGUCCUGCUACAGGAACUCUUCAGAUUCGCCUACUAUAAACUCUUAAAGAAAGCAAAUGAAGGACUGCUGGCCAUCAGCCAAGAGGAGACUAUGCCCAUCUCCGUUCGCCAGCUGGCUUAUGUGUCUGGUCUGGGAUUCGGGCUGAUGAGCGGAGCGUUUUCGGUGGUUAACAUCCUGUCUGACUCUGUGGGUCCAGGGACUGUGGGCAUCCAUGGAGAUUCACAACAUUACUUCAUUUCUUCAGCCUUCAUGACUCUCGCUAUAAUUCUCCUGCACGUGUUUUGGGGCGUCGUCUUUUUUGACUCAUGUGAGCGUCAGAAGUGGUGGUCACUUGGAGUUGUGGUGUGCAGUCACCUGUUAGUGUCAUGCUUGACGUUCGUGAACCCGCAGUACGAAGGCAGUCUGAUCCCCACCUACAUGGUCGUGUGUGUGAUGGCCGUGUGGGCGUUCUUCUGUGCCGGUGGCUCCAUGAGGAACCUCAGACUUUGUCUUACCUGCAGGGACAAAGACUUCCUCCUGGUCAAUAACAGGCAGAGAUAACAGAAUCUUUCUCUCUCUCUCUCUGUAAAGACUGGAGCUCAGCCAGUUCACGAAUCUUCAGACUCUUGGUAGAUUGACGCUGUGGGACUGGGGAUUUUUUUUUUUCUUCGUGUUUGGCACUUUUUUGUACCUGUUUCCCUUUCUGUCCCUGUACCUCAACUCUUUCUUUCUGUUUGGGACAGAAGGAGAGCGAGUUUGUAAAAAAAAAAAAAAAAAUGUUUUGUUUUUUUCGUUUAAUAGCUUUGUGUCGAUUCGGUGUUUCGUGUUUCUCAGUGAUUUUACUGAGAAAUUGGUUUUGAGAUCCACACACGAGCCGAAACCCUGAUCGGUAACUGACUACAGAAGCCUGGAGGAGGACAUCACCAUGGUUUUUUUUGUUUGUUUGUUUUUUCUUAACAAUCGAGAAAGUAAAACAUCAGUGUAGAAAUCAUCAGUCUGCUGAUUCGAGGUUUUUGGAUCUUUUUUCUUUUUCUUACAUAAAACAUGUGUUUAUAUAAAUGUAGUCCAAUUUUAAAACUAAAACAAAUUAUGUGAAAUAAUCCUAUAAUAAUAGCGAUGCUAAGGCUGGUCGUAAGACUGGAGCUCUCAUCUGUAGCGCUUUAAAUCUUUAAUUAAAAUGAUCUGUCUCUAGAGAUGAUAAUAUAUAUAAAAUUAAAUCAAGGACUUGUCAUUAGCCCUAAUUUAGCUGUAUUUAUUUACAUCUUGUACGUAAAUCUUUGAGUUUAUGAAGUAGGAAGAUAAGUGUUCACUUUAUAUUUUGCUGACACUAAUUACAUCCAAAAAAAAAAAGUUUUAAUUAUUAAUAAUCAUCACUUUAAACAUCUUCACUUUGACUAAGUGUGAACGAGACGUGACAGUUUGUUGUAAAUAUUUGAGGUGAAAUUACCUUUAAAAGUGAAGGAUAUUUGGCGUACUUUAUUAGCCGAUUGAAGUCUGAUCUGCUCUUCUUGCUGUUUAAGGCCACGUUCACGCUGCAAGUCUUAACGCUCAAUUCGGAUAUUUUGCUCAGAUCUGAUUUUUUUUGUUUGUCUGUUCACAUUACCUUUUAAAAUGUGGCCUAUAUCAGAUACCAGUGUGAACAGUUUGCUGUUUCGAACUGACCCGCGUGCGCAAACGAACGAUAACGUCACACACAGCAUGCCGUCGCGCUAAAAAGUUGGCGAGGUUAUGGAGGAAGUAUUGUAUCAUCUGGUGCAAGCAAACAUAUCAUGUACUGCUAUAAUGUGAUGUAUUCAAUGCAAACAUUAUGAGCUGGUUCAUGUAACACACUUAAUAUAACACCCAUGUUACCUGUCACAAACGACUGGUAACGUGUGUGUGUUAAGCAAAAAAAAGUCUUCGCCGGCGCAUAAUUGUGACAAAUUUCGAUGUAGAUUGACGUAAAAAUUCGCAGCAAAUCCGCCUUGGCUGUUCAUACUGUGGCCACAUUGGAAAAAAUCAGAUUUGGGUCUGAUUCAGGACCACAUAUGGAAGUGGCUCAGAUCUGGGCCAGAUUUGAGUGUUGACUUUUACCUGCAGUGUGAACGGGGCCUAAGAUUCUGACUGCUGUAACCUCGGCCGUGUGGCAGAACGUUUAUAAAAUGGUGCAGAAACAAUUAAAGGUUGACGAACGUUA